CCGAGCAGUCGCUUUCGCCUGUUUUGCGAGUGGAUGAAAAAUAACAAUACAAUUGUGAGUUAUUUUCGCGAAUAAUUUUGUGUACUGUGUCACUGUGUCGUGUAUUGACAGACAAGGUAGUCGGCAUGCGGGGCGGGGCGUGAGAUGGACGGUAUUCAAAUGGAACCCAUCGGCAAGUACAAAGCGGAUCGGAACGGGUCUGCUAAGGCUGCGUGGCGCAACAUGGUAGACCAGGAUCUGGAUGAUGUCGCUUUUUUAGCUGACACAGAUAAAGCAAGAGAAGCGAGGGAGCUCCGCGAGGCACCCGUGGCCGUGUGUUCGCAGCGCCGCGCGCUAUGCCUCGCCGCGUUGGUAUUUUCGGCUAUGUUCGCCACUGCACUGCUCGUCGUGUAUGCCACGCCGCAGCCAGACUGCCCGUGCGCGGGGGAAAGUCCCCUGAUACCCGGCCAGCCUCCCACGGGGGCUGAGACCAACACUGCCUCGUCCAACAAAGAACGUAUUGCGAGUAACGGCCAGGUGUUUCCUUGGAGGGGGGCCCGCCUCCCCACCUUUGUGAUCCCGAAGCAUUACAACCUCUGGCUACACCCGAACCUGACUACUGGAGAACUGAGGGGAGAAGUGUCAAUAGACCUAAAAGUGGAAAGGGACACAAACUUCGUGGUUCUAAACGUGCGAGACAUGAACGUGACCGAACGAGCGCUUUUUCGGACCGGUGGUGCUUUAGGUCCCAAAGUAGCUAAGGCUUUGGACUUUCCUGCGGCUGACCAGACCUAUAUUGAAUUCAAGGAAAAAAUAAGGCGCAAAUACAACUACACACUGAGCCUUCGUUUCAUCACUAAGUUGGAGAGGAAUGACAAGCAACGAGGGUUCUUUUUGACAGGGACACACAAACAGUAA